AUGGGUAUCAUCACAGCCCAGAAGGCUGUCGCUUUCUCAGCCAAAAAGGGUCAGGACAUCACAGUGAUCAACACCAAUGGGAAUCAAGUUGUGUGUGUCUGGGCUUUCAAUCCUCAUGAUAUGAGUGACUGUAUGUCUAUGGCGCAUACCAGGGCCAGUCUUAGGAAGAUAUCGCUGGCCCAGAGUGAUACAUUGCAGAGUACUCGGAAACAACCAAUCUUGACAAUGACUGAUGACACCACUCCGGGAUUUCACGAUAUGAUCUGGCCAGCUUGCGUGUCUGAAGGAAAUUCCCCUAGUGAAAACGCAACCAACAUACACCAGGCGCUCAACAACAGUUUCCCGGAUUUGAACAUUGCAGCUCUCUCGAUUCCAGAUCCACUUAAUCUCUUCAUGAAUGUUACUAUUGAUCAUCGUGGUGGGUUAAAUGUUCUGAAGACAACCAAUCAAAGAGGCGAGUUUGUUACCUUUGUUGCUGAGAAAGACCUGAUCGUUGUCUUGGGAUCUUGCGCAGAAAAGAUGGCUUUGGUCGGCACGGAAGCUGCAGAUUCUGAGUACCGACUAGGUGGCUCAGGACUAGGUGGCUCAGAGGGGCCUUUGUCUACUAUGUCUCUUUUGCCUCAGACAAACCCCCCUUUGCGAGUGCAAGUCGCACUUUCAAUUGACUUUGACGCUUUAUCGCAUUGGAUUGGAAGUAGCUGCCAUCCAAGCAACAAGAUGGCCGAUUACAGCCACGGAAUUUUCAGUGGACAAGUCGGAGCUUUCCGUUUGCUUGAUCUAUUGAAAAAGAACGACAUUGCAAACAGAGUAACGUGGUUUAUUCCUGGUCAUACCAUGGAGACGUUUGUCGAUGCCACACGGGCGAUAAUUGAGUCCGGGGCUGAGAUUGGACUCCAUGGCUACGCGCAUGAAGAUUGUUAUUCGCUGUCAGAAGAGCAAGAAAGAGAUGUGCUAGUCAAAUGUCUCGAGCUUACCACAAAGCUGACGGGAAAAAGACCAGUCGGUUAUCGUGCUCCAGUCUUUUCAGUCAGAGAGACCACCCUUAAACUUCUACGUGAACAUGAAUUCAUUUACGAUACAUCACUCUUGCGCCAUGACUCGCAACUGGCUUUUGCUCCCAACGAUGCACCGAUUAAGCCAAUUGAUCUCUCUCAACCGGCUGCUUCAUGGAUGCGACCCACCAAAAUUACUUCUGAGAUUUAUUCCCGUGAUCAGCCACCCCUUGUUGAGAUUCCAAGUGGUGUUUACAAUGAGGACAUGAUGCCAAUGAGCUUUUUACCUUAUGUUGAAAAUAGCCACGGCUGGGUCUCGACUCGGCUUGUGGAGCAAAUGUGGAAGGACAAAUUUUUAUGGCUAUGGGAAAACAGCAAGGAUCAAAAUGGGUCAGCUGAUUUUAUCUUUCCAAUCCUUUUACAUCCAGACUGCAGUGGCAUGGCACACGUUAUUGGUAUGGUGGACCGACUUGUGCAAUGGCUGCGGGGGUUUGGAAGCGCUGUUGAAUUUCGUACUCACGAAGAGAUUGCGACUACGUGGUUGAAGGCGAAGAAGAGGGAAGCGGGUAUGGAAUGA